AUGGCAGCAUUUUGGAGUUUAAAGAAGAAGCUAAAGAAAGCUGAUGAUGAUGAUGAUGGUUAUAAAUUACCUACAUCACAUUCUAAAUUGAGCCCGAAGGGUAAAAGAUCAAGCUGGCAGAAUAGAAAGAUAGUAUCAUGGGUAAUAAUCACCGUUAUGGUUUUAAUACUAUAUAAAGCGUUCUCAGGUGUUGUUCGAGGUGGUAGAGAAGUUAUGAAAACGGUCGGCAGUAAUACUUCAAGUAACGAUGGACAAGUUUUGGAAGAAGAUGCGUACUACGAUUACGAUUUUGAAGAUAUUGAUCCCAAAGUUAUUGAAAAGUUUGACGGAGGUGUUCAACACUAUCUAAUCACACAAUUUGGUAAUGAUGUGCUAACCCCACAAGAUGGUGAAGUUUUCGAAAGAGAGCAAAAAAUGCUAUUGUCAUCCACAGUGGAAAGUUACGAUCUAAGUAUGUUCAGAGGAUCUGCCAAUGGUGCAGCCAAUGGUGAACACGUUUUGUUAUGUGUUCCGUUGAGAGAUGCUGAAAAAGUAUUACCGUUAAUGUUCAAACAUUUGAUGAAUUUGACCUAUCCACACGAACUGAUAGAUUUAGCAUUUUUGGUUAGUGAUUGUACUGAAGACGAUAAAACUUUAGAUGCCUUGAUUGCCUAUUCACGUCAGUUGCAAAGCGGUACGCUUUCACAGGUAUUUGCGGAUAUGGAUCAAGCUGCGGCAGAGGCUGAACAAGCAAGUAAAGGAACGGAGAAGUUAUAUUUGAAAUAUAUGAAUCCAGAUUAUUUGGAAACCGUGAAAGAAUCAUUUAGUCCACCAUUCCAUGAAAAUUACGAUAAACCUUUCAGAUCAGUGCAGGUUUUUCAAAAGGAUUUCGGUCAAAUGAUUGGUCAAGGUUUCAGCGAUAGACACGCAGUCAAGGUACAGGGUAUUAGAAGAAAAUUAAUGGGUAGAGCAAGAAAUUGGUUAACUGCAAAUGCUUUAAAACCUUAUCAUUCCUGGGUUUACUGGAGAGAUGCAGACGUUGAAUUAUGUCCAGGGUCUGUUAUUGAAGAUUUAAUGUCAAAGGAUUAUGAUGUUGCUGUGCCAAACGUUUGGAGACCAUUGCCACAAUUUUUGGACGGUGAACAACCAUACGACUUGAAUUCAUGGAUGGAAUCUGGCGAGGCCCUUAAUUUGGCGAAGACUUUAGAUGAAGACGACGUUAUUGUGGAAGGUUAUGCUGAGUAUCCCACUUAUAGAGUCCAUCUGGCUUAUAUCCGUGACCCAACACAAGAUCCUAACGAGAUUUUAGACUUAGAUGGUGUCGGUGGUGUUUCCAUCUUGGCAAAGGCGGAAUUGUUUAGACGUGGUAUUCAAUUCCCAGCAUUUACUUUUGAAAAUCAUGCAGAAACGGAAGGUUUUGGUAAGAUGGCCAAGAAGAUGGGAUAUAGAGUUGGGGGUCUGCCACAUUAUACAUUAUGGCAUAUCUACGAGCCUAGCGAUGAUGAUCUAAGGGAAAUUGCCAAUAAGGAAAGGGAAAGCAGAAGGGAAUGA